CCGAGGAAGAAGCAGAAAUCAGCGCCCGGAUGGUACAAAUGCAACUGCCGCCCUGGGCCCCGACAGCUGUGUCCCUAUGGCUCUGCUUCAGUGGGGCCGUGGCGGGUACCCCCAUACAGACGUCUAACAUCACAAUCACAGAAGGAAAUGAGGCGUCUCUGAGAUGUGACCUUCCCGCUGCCGGGACUAAUAUCGUCCAAGUGACCUGGGACCGGUGCGACGGCGCAGACAUAGCCUAUCACAUCACCGACAAGGGUCACGUGGUUGAAACAUUUGCACACAGGGUGACGUUGGCGGAAGGAUAUGGGAUUAAGAUACACAGCGCCUAUAGGAAUGACAGUGGGCCCUACUGCUGCACUUUUGCCACUUUUCCAAAUGGCAAGAUGGUUGGGAAGAUUUUCCUUCUGGUCAGAGAACCCACCGAGUGGAACGUCUUCCAUUAUAUCGUUACCGGGCUGAUUCCGGGAAUCCUCCUCCUCCUCUUUGGGGGCGCGGUGACCGUCUUUUGGCGCAAGAAAAAGUCCCAGCAGUCCCAGAACAUUAGUAACCAACAAAUAUAUUCCCAAAGUCCAGCUGGACAGAUGGCCCCCCAUCAGGUUCCCAACACUUCCCAGGAACGAGAGAACAACACGGAGACGGAAUAUUUUAACGUCCUGCUCUUCACCAAACCAACCUAUGGCCCCGGUGUAUAAGCGCGGCUAUUUCUCCUGUAUAGAUAUAAUAAUGUAACUUUAUUAUUCAUCUGUAACUGUAAAUAAUGUAAAUAUAUUGUUUUGUUUUGAAUAAUUGUAA